AUCACCUUCUCAUUCAUUCCACUAUUAGUAUCCCGUCUCAUGCCCUCUUAUUCCCCCCAUGGCGUCUAGAAUAAGCUUGAAAUAUCUUGCAACAGUUCUUCGCGCUCCUCGAGCCGUCUCUCCGUCUGCCCUCCGUCUAUAUCCUCACCUGUCCACCCGCUUUGCACAUACCAUACCGAGGCCAUCAAUACCAACCCAAGAUGGCACGUCCUCCUCAACUUCUACCAACGCCAAGAAGUCCCGAAAACAGAUCGAGCCGCAUUAUCAAUUGAAAUUUACAUGUAUUCCUUGCAAUACCCGCUCGACUCACAUCGUCUCCAAACAAGGCUACCACAAGGGCUCUGUUCUCAUCUCAUGUCCGGAAUGUCGCAAUCGCCAUAUCAUCAGUGACAAUCUAAAUAUCUUCGGCGACCGCAAGAUAACAGUCGAGGAUCUUUUGCGCGAAAAGGGCCAGCUAGUGAAGCGGGGCACGCUGGGCGAGGAUGAAGAUAUCGAAUUCUGGGCAGACGACACAACCGACUUGCCCAAUGCUGGAGACGCAACACCUGCGUCAGCAAGAGGAGAGGGAGAGACUGACGAAGCUAAGAAACUGCGUGAGACGCGGAAUCCUUCAUCACAAGCAACCAAUCCUACGCCCUCAUCAUCAGUCUUGCCUGGAGAUUCAGGCACCCGUCCCUCCGUGCAAGGCGCUUCACACCAGAAUACUACGCCGUCAACCCGCCGGCAAUAUUCUACAGAGAGGGCCCACUCCAAUGUAUGGAUAGAGCAUGCUGAGGCCGUCAAACAAUACUUGGAGCGUGAAUCAGAGGUUAAGGACCCGAAAUCCAACGGCUCUGAAGACCCUAUCCAGGAGGAGUUUAACGGCGACGACAUUAGAAGCGAGCCUAUUAGUGACAGUGCUGCCUCGUUUGAAAGAGAAUCGAGAACAGCUCAACUAGAAACUGAAUCUACAAGCGACGCCACGGAGCCAUGGCAUCGGAUGCAAAACUCACCAGCUCAGGCGUCCACCCAAGAUUAUAACAAACGCAGGUACCGCUUCCGUAGAGUCUCCGGCGACGCAAACUACAGGGGACCACGCUUCAUCAGCAGCGAAUGCCCUCAUAAGAUAACUGCCCAGAUCACGCCUGGCGUCGUCAGUUAUUAUCGGCCUCCUCGCGGUGAGCCCAUUGAGAAGAAACCAGAGAUUCGCAUGAAGAAGCUUCAGAAAGAGAGAAAUCUCCUCAAGGAGUACCCGAAAGGCCGAACUCGAUCUCGCACUGAUAUUUAGUUAGAUUUCUGUUUCACAAAAGGUGGUUAGCCCAUGUACUUGUAUAACCUGUACUAUCACCUCUCUUCUAUUGGAUAUAUAGAUGUAUAUAAAUGCAUACAAAUGCAUAAUAACGGGGCGUUGGGGAUGACACGACUUAGAUAGGAGCUGUUGCAUUUGGACAAUCUCAGCGGGGUUGAUUAUGGGAAGACAAAAUCAGUCAAGUGGACGGACUCUGUCGGAAAUGUAGUAUAGAGAUAGUGCAUCUGCAUGCUGGAAACAAGAUGUAUGAGUAUGACAUACCUGGUCUACAUGUAGCGUGUGAUUACUGGAGCUGACAAUAUCACGACUUAUGAAAUUCUCACAAUCAAAGAGUAUAUCAG